UGUUUAAAUGCUCUUCCAGCUCACGAGAUCUCUGUGGCCCUAGCCUACCACUACUCGCGUCCCUCAUCACUUCUUCAAUUCGUAACUCUUUUUUUGGUUCGAUAUGAGUCAACUCGGUGUGGCGUUGCAGGAAUCGCUGCGGACUCAGAGGGAGGCCAGGAGUACCAUUCUUGGGUUGUUGAGGGAGCAAAUGGACGGUGUAGAUGGUGGGACCCGCAGGAGGCGAAGCUUGAAGGAGCGGUUCGGAUUCAUCGGCAUGGGAUGUUGUGGGGCCUCCUGGGGAUUCCGUUCUGACGCGUUAAGUGUCAACCAGGGAGAGCAAGAACAACAACAGGAAACGGAUCCCGGUCGAGUAGCGGCGCCAGAAUGUGUGGGCCCCGCGGGUUCGGGUUCGGGUAUGAAUCUUGCGGCGGCGCUGGCGGCGGAGAGGCAGCUCAGGGUGCCUCAGGAGGAGGGCGGUGGGGUGAGGGCGCCGUGGAGGGUGUCGCUGAUGAGGCUGCUGGAGGAGACGGAGGGAGGGGACGCUGCCACGGCGGAGAAGGAGAAAGAGAAAGAGGAGAAUGUUUUGGGGAAUGAUUCGGUGUGCUGCGUGUGCAUGGGGAGGAAGAAAGGUGCGGCGUUGAUCCCAUGUGGACACACUUUUUGCAGGGUGUGUUCCAGGGAACUGUGGCUUAAUCGAGGCUCUUGUCCCCUUUGCAAUCGCUCCAUCCUCGAGAUUCUCGACAUUUUCUAGAAACUAUUUUUCUUUUUAACUAAUACUACUACCCCUUAUUCUUGAUCCAAAACCAAUCACUUCUUCAUCCCUCGCCAUCUGUAAUAGUAUCAUCAUCAUGUAUUUCUUACCGCGCUAAAUGUUCUAUCUUUUUAAUCUCUCGUAUAUAUUCAGCUUAUAUUUCUAAUAAUGUAAUUACAGAUGACCAUAUAUUUUUAUCUGUCGAUUCUUAA